AUUGAAAAACGAAACUAAUCCUUUAUGUCUGGGCGCGGCAAAGGAGGCAAGGGUUUGGGGAAGGGCGGAGCAAAGCGCCACCGCAAGGUGCUGAGAGAUAACAUUCAGGGGAUCACGAAGCCGGCCAUCCGCCGUCUGGCGCGCCGUGGUGGUGUGAAGCGCAUCAGCGGCCUUAUAUACGAGGAGACUCGCGGCGUUCUUAAGAUCUUUUUGGAGAAUGUCAUCCGUGACGCCGUCACCUACACCGAGCACGCUCGCCGGAAAACUGUCACCGCUAUGGAUGUUGUGUAUGCUCUGAAAAGGCAGGGCCGUACUCUCUACGGCUUUGGCGGCUGAGAUCUUAGAAAUGCUUGUAAAUGGCCUAUUUGCUAGUAGAAUUUAGGGAUUUCAGUUUUUCUGAAAUUUGUUACAUCUUAUGCUUUGCUGAUUUGAAAUUUAAAUGAAUCUUUCAAUUUAUCACA